AUGUCAGACCUGCUCGUUAUUCCGUUGCUCCUCAAUUGCGGUGCGGUCCUGUACCAACGGCGUUAUAAUAGGCUACAUAAAUCAAUUGCUGGCCUGUCAUACGAUUUGUACGUGCUCAGUUUUACUUCUUAUCUUCUGAGCGUUUACUGUGGGUUCAAUUAUGUUUUUUCAACGCUGCUGCACAAGCAGCUCCAUCAGCGCUUUCCAGUGUUCUUCGGGCAAGACAAAAAUAAAAUUCCGGUAUCAACGACUAUUCUUCUAUCUGAUGUCGUCAAUCUAAUAUGUGCAAGCGCUGUACUCAAACAGCUUUUUGACUAUAGAUCAAGUAGUCGCGAUGCUCAGCAUAUUUCGCUCAUUUGCGUCAUCAUAAUUGCUGCAUGCGCAGUCUUUUCUGUUUUCACUUAUGCAUGCGCGACACUGUACUUACCUGGGAAAGACAGCGGGAGAUUUGGUAUAUUCUACUUGGACCACGUCAAUUACUCAUGGAUACUGGCCACUUUUCUUUCAAGUUUUCGGCUGAUGCCCCAACUAACAGUGAACUUCAUGGAAAGGAGCACGCAAGGGAUUUCCUUCAAGUUCGUGGUUUUGAGCACUGUGUCUGCAAUAUUUCAGCUUGUCGUCGAGUUCUGCAACCAAAAAAGGACCCACCCAUACACACCACUCAAUGGAAAGCCACUCUUUGAACCUCUGCUGAAUUUGAUAUUUUUACUGUCGGUAAUUUACCAGGUGCACCAUGUAUACCACAAUCGAACUUAUGGCCUCGCCAAUCGUUCGGAGUCAAGAAUAUCGUAA